AGUAGUGGGCGGAGUUUUCUAGUCGGCCAGGAAGAGGAGAACGGCGGACAGAGAAACAUUGAGUAAUGGCUGCUAUCAGGAAGAAGUUGGUGAUAGUUGGAGAUGGUGCUUGCGGAAAGACCUGUCUCCUCAUCGUUUUUAGUAAGGACCAGUUCCCAGAGGUCUACGUGCCCACUGUGUUUGAGAACUACGUGGCAGACAUUGAAGUUGAUGGAAAACAGGUAGAACUGGCACUUUGGGAUACAGCAGGUCAAGAGGACUAUGACCGAUUGAGGCCUCUCUCCUACCCAGACACUGAUGUUAUCCUCAUGUGCUUUUCUGUUGACAGCCCUGACAGUUUAGAGAAUAUUCCAGAAAAGUGGACUCCUGAAGUGAAACACUUUUGUCCAAAUGUUCCCAUCAUCCUGGUGGGCAACAAAAAAGAUCUGCGCAAUGAUGACCACACCAGAAGAGAACUUGCUAAAAUGAAACAGGAGCCAGUUAAAUUUGAAGAUGGCAAAGAGAUGGCAAACCGCAUCGGUGCCUACGGCUACCAGGAGUGUUCUGCCAAAACCAAAGAUGGUGUGAGGGAAGUCUUUGAGAUGGCAACUAGGGCAGCAUUGCAGGCCAAGAAAAAUAGGAAGAAGAAUGCCUGUGUGCUGUUAUAGGCUCUGCGAGAAGAGGAGGAGAGGGAGCUGCCCUUAAGCACAGAUGAAGAAGGCUGCUUCCAUUCAUAUUUGGGUGGGGAUGGAGGUCUUUGUGGGGGGUGGGACAGAAAAGUAAGACACUGCUUAAUUUCAGAUCACGCUAUUACCAUCAGCAAGUCAAAGCUGAUCUGAAAUGAAUUCACAUGCUUCUACAUUUUCCUUCUUGGUCUAUAGAUGAGGUUGUAUGCCAUUUCUGUGGCAUUUGUAUAAACGUUUUUAGAACUUAAAAAUCUAAAGGAUAGGUGAUGGAGUGUGGGUGGGGAUUUGGAGUUGAGCGGUUUUAAAUGGGGUUCAUUUGUGCCAUGUGUGGGAUGAAGAAAGAAAAGGUCCCUAUAAGGCCAAAGGUAAUAGAAACAUGAGAGAGAGACGACAGAAAAACAUAAUUUUUCGUAGAAUUGAGUCAAGACCAUGUCUAAGUGGAUCUUACACAGUAUCGCCUAUAUGUAGUGCCUUGAGAGCAUUGGUUAAGAAAAAUAUGUUGAGGGGGAUAAGGAUCCAUAGUUCUGAUAGGGUAUUAUUUGUUGUGUUUACUCCUCCUGUUUUUUUUUUAUUGCUUUUUCCCUGUCACUGGCUUGGCUCCUACAAGCCCAUUUUCUGACUCAGGCACUAUGCAGAGGUAUGCCUAAAUUAGAUUGUAUGAAAUAUUUUUCCCAUACCGUAUUACUUACCUGUACUUUAGAGUGUAUGCAACUGUAUGGUAGUAAAUUUCCUCCUGUGCAGGUCUGCAUGCAUUGAAUGUGUGUGUGUAUUUGUGUGCUUGUGUGUAUUAACAUAUGUGUCAUGUACUGUAUUCAUGGAAAGGCCUUCUACGUCACUGACCCAACUCCUUGUUUCCAUGCCAAAGUUACCCCCAAUGGCCAGUUUUUAAGGCUCAUGGGGGUAAUGGAAUUAACAGCUACUCAGAGUGACAUAGAAACUUUCAUUUUACUGGAAGACAUUGUUCUACAGCCAGAGGCACAAUCAGGUUAACCAUAUAAGUUUUAAGACUUUUUUGUGUGUGUGCAUACCAGAUAUUGAUUUAAUUGUGUUUUAUCUUUGGGUCAAAUUAGAAGUAGUGUAGUUUAUAAGUUGAACUUUCUUUGAUAUAGAUUAUAGGCUUAGCAUAUUACUAUGACCUUGUACUAUGUACUGUAUGUCUUACACAACCUUGUAAGGACAUGUAAAUUAUGUUUAUUUCAAGUUUGACUUUUACUUCUCUCUCCCCAUUUCCCAAUUAAAUGAUGUUGUCAUUAUUAUAUAACUUUUUAAUAUUGAUGUCUAAAAUGUCCUGGUAUAUUUUAAUCAUUUUACUUAAUACUGCUGUUAUGAUCAUAAGUCAGUGAGAAAUUGCAAUCAUUGUAUUAUCUCAUUUAAUUGACAAGUCAAGGCUGGCUUGCUGGGCUAGAGGGUAUUUGGGGAUAUGCUGCUAUAGCAGUGUUUUUUUUAUUUUUUUUUCUGUGUUUUGCAUUGUGAUAUAAGUGUAUUUCUGGAUUUUUUUAAUCCAAAUAAUACUGGUGUUGAGGUUUUCUGAAAUGUAUUUUUGUGUUCUUUGAUCCAUUCAUGCUUUAAUAAUUGUAGUUAUGUUCCUCAUAUUUUUGGCAUUAAUUUACUUUUUCCCUAAAAUAAAAACACCCAUAACUUGUCAAAA